AUGCCAACACGAGAAAUCAGGCAGCCGCCGCGCUGUGGGCCGGGGUACAAAGUUUCUGCAACAACAGUCAGCGCUAAGCUUUGUACUUUGCCUCCCGAGUCGGGCAAGAGGUUUGGGAGUGGGUCCGCAGCAGUCAAAGGGGCAGUGCUGACGACCAUAAACCCCAUAAAACCAAGCAAUUUUCACCAGGCAUCGCUAACACCCUAA